GUUGCCACUUAUAGUGUAAUAUAUGGACAGAUCAAUGGGGUGUUAUAUUUGACGUUAAAGAUGUCAUAAUUCAUGUUAUUAUCUGUACUAUAUUUGAAGAAAACAUUCUGUUACAUUAAAAUUGAAUCUCAAUCUCCAGGUUCAGGGGAUGUUGUCCGAGCAUUAAGAGGAGAAACCGCUCAUCUGCCCUGCAUCUUACGCCCUGAUAACAGUCAUACUAUAGAGUGGAAAAAUAAUAGUGCAUCUAUUUGUAAAUAUAAAUAUAAUAAUAAAACUUCAUUUGGAAGUUGCAUUUCUCGCUUCACUUUUAACAUUGAGAAUUUUAGUUUAAAUAUAGAAAAUGUUCAAAUGAGUGACUCUGGGACUUACUUUUGUAAAAAGACAAGAAUUAUUCCACCACCAACAUAUGAUGUCUUCACAAAUGUGACGCUCCAUGUUGAAGAUCUUUCCCUGCAGCAUCUGAACAGCAGUAGUAGCAGCUGUAUUCACUUGCUCUGCUCAUGGGAGAGUGAGAAUCCUGAGCCGGUGAACUUCACCUGGUUUAGAAACGCUCAUGAUGAGUUACCUCUUCGGCCUUCUUCUGUGGGAAAAAACAGUGAGCUGUAUCUGUGUCAACCAGCAUGGGAAAAAAACGACACGUUUACCUGCCAAGCAAGCAUCAACAAAGCACUUUAUAACAGGAGUAUAGAGCUGACGCAAAGCACAGAUUCUAAACCGAGCUUUCCAGUUAUUCGUGUGUCCUUUUACAUCAUCUUCAUCAUAAUCAUCAUCCUCAUCUUGAUACUGUUCUGCAUGUUCAAAUGUAACGGCAUGACCUUCUGCAAACCAUCAGCAUGAAAAGAGAAGACAGGAAUAAAAUACACUCAAUGAUUUGUUUUUACACACACUGAUUUUUCCGUGUAUAUAUUUUCAUUACUGAUAUUUCUGCUACUUUCUUUUUCCUUAACCCUAUAGUAUUACUUUUGAAUAAAUGCAAUUCAGUUUAAAGGUCACAAGUGGUGCAGUAUAGCACCUAUGUGUAACCUUAAGUAGUGCUAUAGUAGUGUUAUAUCACUGUGUUAUGGUUUGCAUAGGUGCUAUAUUGCACUUAAAGUUGUUUACUUAUGAUUACGAGCCAGUGAACCAUUUUUAGCAUCAUUUUUUAUGUGCAUCCAUAAACUUGUAAAUAAAUGUUUAUUCAGAUUUUUACUUAUCCCAAAUGUAUGUAAUUUACAAAGCUUUAUCUUGUGCAGAUUGUAG